UCGUGCCCGACUGGCAUCAACGUCGAUCUCGACGGUCCCCGCAGGCUAAAGCUGAGGGCAUGGGGCGGAAGGUCUCGCUCACCCCGGAACUCGUGAGCAGCUUCUUCGAAGAGGCGAUGGUCGAGAUCGUAAAGGCCGCAGAAACGGUGCUGGCAAGGCAACCAGAAAUCUCCGUCGUCUACAUGGUCGGCGGGUUCUCCGCAAGCCCGCUGCUGCAAGAACGUGUUACUUCCGCCGUGCAGAAGCCGGGUCUCCGCGUGGAAACCUUGGAGAGGCCGGGCCUAGCCAUUGUGCUGGGGGCAGCGCGGUACGGGGCCAGCGACUCCACGAUUGUGUCUCGCAAGGCACGCCUGACAUACGGCACCAAGUACGUGACCCGGUACGAUGAAAACAACAAGAAACAUACCGACCGCCAGGCGCACGCCCGCUUUGUCGGGGACGGCUUGUACCUAGACAAGUUCAGCUGCUACGUGGAAAAAGGUACCGACCUACCCGUUGGUACGGACAAGGAACACACGUUUCACCCCGUGACUGAUGAACAGGACCAAGUAUCGUUUGAUGUGUGCAUUUCGCUGAAGCCUGAGGCGGACAUCGAGUACCUCAAGGACAACGGGGUGAGCAAGAAGCUGAGCCUCCUGAAAACCGUCUCUGCUCCCAUCGAUAGGAACGUCCCCAUGUCGAAAAGGGGAGUGUCCAUGAAGUUGUCGUUCGGUGGCACCGAGCUCGGCAUCAAGUGCACGAGGUGUUCCGACAGUCACGAGGUGGUCACGCAGACCAAGUUCGUGGAGGACAUCGAAGACACGCGGUUCGAGGCAAGCCGCUAAGUAUACCAGGUAGUCUACGUUGUACCGUGCUGGUUGAGCUACUG